AUGAAUCUCAAAGUGAUAUCAAUAUUAUUUAUAAUAACGAAUGUAACAUGGGCUCAAGACUAUUCAUCUCAAACAUACAACCCAGACUACCAAGUGAACCCAACAAACAACUAUCUGAAUACCAACGAUCCAAAAUACGACAAUCCGUAUGAUCCAAACAGAAGGUUCUCAAAUCGUAAUCAGUACGAUUUAAAUCGUAAUCCGUAUAAUACUGAUCAAAGAUAUAAUCAGUACGACCGUAAUGACCCAGGGACCAAUCAGAAUCCAUAUAAUACAGAUACCGGGAGACAGAUUUAUGACACCAGUAGAACAUACAGCACUUCAUAUACUGGAGCCGAGUUGGAACAUGAUAGUGUUAUUAUAAAUGAAGCUACAUACUUCAUAGUUGCAUCUCGAAUGAUCCGUCCGGGACAGAUAUAUAAGAUCUCAGCUAACAUUCUGAAAGCUCGUCUCCAGAUGACAAUUCGAGCAUCCAUAUCAUGUAAUGGAGUUGAAAUAGCCGAUGUUAUAGAGAGAGUGAAGGAAGGUGUUCCCGAGGUUCUGAAUAUGAGGGUUCCCGCCACAUCGGUGCCGGGAGACUACAGGCUGCGCGUAGAAGGUCUCUACCUGGAUGAUCCGUUUGGAGGGAGGGCUUUUGUUAAUGAAACUAAAUUGACAUUCUCCCAGAGAUUCAUGACCAUCUUCAUACAGAUGGACAAGCCCGUGUACAUGCAGUCACAGACUGUUAAGUUCCGUGUGAUUCCAAUCAACACGGAGCUGAAGGCGUUCGGUCGAGCCAUCGAUGUGUUCAUACUUGACCCCAACAAGCGGAUCAUGAAGAGGUGGCUCUCAAGACAGAGUAACUUCGGUACAGUGAGCUUGCAGUAUCCUCUAUCAGAUCAGCCUGUGUUCGGUGACUGGACCGUGAGGGUGGAGGCUUUGGGUCAGAGGGAGGAGGCCAGCUUCCUUGUGGAGGAGUACUAUCAGACCAGGUUUGAGGUGAACGUGACGAUGCCGGCGUUCUUCUUCAAUACAGACGGGUUCAUCCACGGUCGUGUGAUGGCUAACUACACGUCGGGCGCUCCUGUGAGAGGCAACCUCACGCUGCGGGCCACCCUAAGGCCGGUGCCCAUAUACAGGCCAAGACAAACACACAGACAGAACACACAACGUCCGAACUACAAUCCCUACUUAUACAACGAGACCGAGCAGUAUGAACAGGGAGAGGAGGAUAGACGCUGGCAACUUAAUCACCGACCAGGGCAGCCCAACCAACUGGACCAUCCUGACUGGUGGUAUGACACACAGAAGGUUGUGUCCAGGGUGUUCAACUUUGACGAGGAGUUCCCAUUCUGGAUGCCCAAACCUGACCCUGUUGAGAUCGCACAAAUCAAUAUGAACAUCAACAACAACAACAUGAACAACAUGAACAACUACCCAACGACAACAUCAUAUAAUAAUUAUUAUAACAAUCCCUACAACGACAAACUGCCGUACUUGAGAUUCUUCAACGGCACGUACGACUUCAGGUACCCCAUGUCGGAGCUGGCGCAGCUGGUGCCGUCUCUAGAGGGCGUGGAGGUGAUCAUCACAGCGACUGUGGGCGACCCGUUCUUGGAUGAACUGGUGGAAGGUUACAGCGUAGCUCGUAUAUACAACUCCUCGCUGGCAGUCACCUUCCUCGGCGGGGAGCUGCAAGUCUUUAAACCGCAUAUGCCGUUUGAUGUUUAUAUGGCGGUGUCAUUCCACGACGGGUCUCGUCUGCCGUGGUGGCAGGCCCGGGGCGCGGUGUUGACCGUGUCUGCAUCUCUGGAGGGUCGCGGUGGAGCCAUCGAAGUACCUCGACCUUCACUAGUGCCGGGCGACGCUGCCGUGUGGCAUCUCAAGCUAGACUUGUAUAAGCUCCUCAAGCUGGACAACGAUCCUAAUUACCGCGAGGUGUUGAACGGGAUCACGGGCGUGCGUCUGUCAGCGUCGUUGGUGGACGCGUCGGGAGGCCGGGCCACCGCGGACGCACACUUCGUGGCUCACCAGAGCCCUAACCAUCAUCACUUGCGAGUCUCCACUUCUACUACGGACGCCAGGGUGGGCGAGUACAUCGUGUUCCACGUACAGAGUAACUUCUACAUGGAGUCGUUCAACUACGUCGUUAUGUCUAAAGGAAUCAUACUGACGAGCGGACAAGAGAUCAUGCAGGAGGGUGUGCGUACAUUUUCCGUGGGCGUGAGCGCCGAGAUGGCUCCCGUGGGCACGCUGGUCGUGUGGGCGCAUCGCAGACGAGCGCUCGUCCUGGCCGACUCCAUCACGUUCCCUGUUAAUGGCAUCUCCACUAACAAUUUCACGGUACACAUCAACAACCGUAAGCACCGUACAGGCGAGCGCGUUGAGGUGGCCAUCUACGGCGAGCCGGGAGCGUACGUUGGCUUGUCCGCCAUCGACCACGCCUUCUACACCAUGCAGGCCGGCAACGAGCUCACAUAUGCUAAGGUGUUGUCCAAGAUGUCUCACUUCGACGAGUCCACUAACGGCACGUUCUCAUACACGUGGCGCUCUCACUUCGGUGACGCGGACGAGCUCGUGUACUUCCCCUCCGCCAGCUUCGGCAUCGACGCCAACAGGACGUUCGAAUACGUGGGUUUGAUAGUGUUGAGCGACGUGCCAGUGUGGCGUCGUCCGUCUCCUUGCAAUUCAUCCUUGGGCCUAGCGGAGUGUCUGGACGGCUCGUGUUACCCGCUCGCCAAGCGGUGUGACGGCAGUCCCGACUGCGCAGACCGCACCGACGAGGCUAACUGUAAGCGCGAGGAUUCGUUCGAGCUGUCCCACUUCCGCAAGUUCCGUUUCAACCGCAUCCAGCGUCAGUACGACAACGCGUGGUUGUGGCGCGACGUGAACAUCGGUCCUCACGGCCGGUACGUGCUCACGGUGGACGUGCCCGCUGCGCCUGCGCACUGGACGCUCUCCGCCUUCGCCAUGUCGCCCUCUAGCGGCAUCGGCAUGCUGGCCAAGCCGCUACACUACGUGGGUAUCCUGCCGUUCUUCAUGAAGCUCGAGGGUCCCGACAAGUGUCGCCAGGGGGAGCAGCUAGGGCUUCGAGUUGCGGUGUUCAACUAUCAGCCUCAAGACAUCGAGGCCGUGGUAGUACUAGCCAGCUCGCCCGACUACAAGUUCGUGCAUGUAGAGGAAAAUGGCAUUGUUCGUUCAUACAACCCCCGCACGUCGUUCGGUGAGCACCAGUUCUUCGUGUACAUCAAGGCGGGUGACGCGGCCGUAGUGCAUCUUCCCGUAGUAGCUGCGCGCCUCGGAACAAUCAGGGUCGAUGUACUCGCUUCCACGCUGCAAGGACAACAUAGAGAACACAAAUACAUCACUGUUGAGGCGGACGGUAUACCCCAGUACCGGCACCAGUCGGUGUUGUUAGACUUGUCCAACCGCGCCUACGUGUUCCAGUACAUGCACGUGAACGUAACAGAGACCCCCAUCAUCCCGUACGAGGUGGACCGCUACUACGUGUUCGGCUCCAACAAGGCCAGGAUCUCAGUAGUAGGGGACGUAGUCGGCCCGCUGUUCCCUACCAUGCCUGUCAACGCGACCAGCCUGCUCGACUUACCGAUGGAUUCAGCGGAACAGAACAUGUUCAGUUUCGCAGCCAACAUGUACCUGACGCUGUACAUGAGACUCAUCAACCAGAGGAACCGCACGCUGGAGAAGGAGGCCUUCUACCACAUGAACAUACUGUACCAGAGACAACUGUCCUUUAUGAAGGCCGACGGAUCAUUUGGACACUUCAGGAGUGACUGGAACCAGUCGUCGUCGAGCGUGUGGUUAACGUCAUUCUGCGCUAAGAUAUUCCAGGAAGCUUCCUUCAAUGAAUGGGAGAACUACAUUUACAUUGACCCCGACGUUAUAUCGAUGUCCGUGUCGUGGAUCCUGGAGCGCCAGGCUCCGUGGGGCGCCUUCAUGGAGGUGCAGUGGGCGGCCGACCGGAACGCGAACAGCACCAUACACGUGCCGCUCGACUCACAGCUGUAUAGAGACGCGAGGGAACAGCUGCAGGGAGUCAAGGCUAACAACUCUAUAAUACUGCAGCGAAAUAUAACACUCACGGCGCAGGUCGUCAUCACGCUGGAGUCAGUUAAAAACCUCAAGGACUUUGGAAUACGAGAGGGUCUGUCAGCGCGCGUGUCGACGGCUCAGCAGUUGGGCGUGUCUUGGCUGGAGCGGAACUUGCAACUGGUUCACGAGUUCGGUUCCCCGUUGACCAUGGCGUUACUUGCAUACGCGCUCACAGCCGCCAAGGCGCCCUCCGCCGAGCACGCGUUCAGGUUACUCAAGAGACACCAGCGGUCUGAAGGUGGUCUAGUGUACUGGGGCAAGGAGCCCGUGCCAGCUCCUCCAUAUAAAAUGGAAAAUCAGAAACCCUUCCUACUACCUCGCCUGCCCUACAACUACGACUCCAACAACAUCGCUGCCACGGCCUAUGCUUUGCUUGCUUGCAUGGACCAUCAGGAUAACAACGAACCGAUAGUAAUGUGGCUUAAUUCACAACGUCUCAAAGAUGGCGGCUGGGCUUCCACACAGGACACGUACAUAGCCCUCCGCGCGUUGAUCGAGUACACCAACAGGAAGCGCCUGCGCGACGUGAGCUCGCUGGCCGUGAGCGUGGAGGCCGUGGCGCUGAGCGGAGAGCCGCGGAGACUCACCGUGAGGAACCAGGACCUCGCCACGCUGCAGACCGUCGAUAUCCCCAGCGCGUGGGGUACAGUGAAGGUGACGGCUCGCGGCGCGGGGUACGCCAUCCUGCAGAUGUCGGUCCAGUACAACGUGGACACGCCUCGCUUCCAGACGCAGCCGCCGCGCCCGGCCUUCGCCCUCCUGGCGCGCGCUCACUACUACGGACGGAAUCAGUCGCACAUACACUACCAGACGUGCGCCAGUUGGACCCACCUGUCCGAGAGCCCGGUGUCCGGGCUGGCGGUACUGGAGGCAGCUCUGCCGACCGGAUACAUGAUACAACAACAACGACUCGACGGAUACGUGAUGAGCAGAACAGUGCCCAGGCUACAGCGGGCCAGGUACCAGCCAGGGAAGAUACUGUUCUACUUCGACUACUUGGAUCACGAGCUGACCUGUGUGAACUUCACCAUCGAGCGCUGGUACCCCGUCGCCAACAUGUCGCGAUACCUUCCUAUACGAGUGUACGACUACUACGCACCCGAACGUUUCAACGAGACUAUAUUCGACGCCCUUCCCACUUACUUAUUGAACAUCUGUGAGGUGUGCGGCUCGUCACAAUGUCCCUACUGCGCCAUUUACAACGCCGGGGCUCCGCUGACUGCCUCCGCGCUCAUACUACUGGCGACCGUCGCCGCGAUCAUACGGAACGUACGGACGUAA